AUGGGCAACGAUACCGUCGUCGACCCAGCUGCACGGGACAAGUACCUUCUCCAAGACUCCCCCCUCGCAACAACCUACCUCACCGUGCGCAUAAAAAACUACCACGGCUUGCCCUUCGACUCACCACCAACAUGCUCGUAUUUCCAGCACCCGCUGCACACCUCGGAUCGAUAUUCCAUCGCCUUCUCCUUCGUGCCGAAGAGGGAUCUGAACGGCAAGGACGUCGUUCAUGGGUUUGAUUAUGGACAUAGUAUCAAGCACCAACUUCCCCCCGGGUUCAAGUAUGCGAUGAAGAUCGCCACGAGUAUGUUGGAUCCCGGGCUGUAUAGCGAUGCGUACUGCGACGAGCCGUAUCUUUAUGGGCCGGCGCUGUCGGGGCUAUUUUCGAUUAAUGUUGGGGACUUGGUCAGCGAAAAGGCUGCGGAAGAGCAAUUAUCUACUCUGGAGAAAGAGAACGGGGGCGUUGUUGAAGAAGGAGCGUCGUGCGCAUCGGGCGCGCAGAUACGGUCUGAUCUCAAUAUGCCGGCGAAAUUCAAGAAGCGCAGGAAAUUCUUCCUUACGCCGCAGAAUCUGGAGAAGUUUACGUUCGAAAAGGGAAGGAUGUAUCACGCGGAUUUUUUCAAUCCGCAUUUGGACUUUGCGGAGUUUAGUCUGAGGUUGCCCGGGUUUUCGAUUGGGGUGGCGAGGUAUAUUGAUGAGAAGACGCAUCAUUUGAGGUAUGUGUUGAAGGAUAGGAGCACGGGGGAGGUGGCCUUUGUGGUUUUUUUCAAGUUAUUGUUUGGGGAGGAGUUGGAGAGGGUUAAAAAGGAGAAGAGGGGGGAGAGUGGGCAGGAAGAAAAGAAGAAAGAGAGUCUAUCGAGUGUGGAUGGAAAGCAAGGACGUGAAAUUGAGGAUGUACGGAAGGAUGGCCACAUUACUGAAACUGAGGUCGAGCAACCUUCAGCAGAGCCGACGCCGCGAAUCGAGGACGAAGAAGCGAGCGGAUACUCGCCUACUGCUGCUGUGACUUCGUUGACCAACAACGUCUAUGCUGCGCUCGUCGCGAUGGGCUUGUGGGGUGAUGGUUCCCCGUCUUCAGAUGAGGUUGCGCAAACUCUAGAUCCUUCAUCACAACCAUCUGACCCGUCGUUGGACUCGCGCGUCGACGCCAUGGACGAUGCGACAAUAGAGCAGUAUUUGCAAAGCCGACAGAGCAAUGUGUAG